GUGAGCACCCCCAGCGUAGGUAACUUCAGGCGCCAACAUGGCCGACUUAACCACUGGUGUGGCCGAAGUCGAAGUUGAGGUGGAAACUAUGGUGGAACCUCAACAAGAAGUUCAAAUUGAGACGCAGCCUAUGAUAGCCCUUCAGCCUCUGACUGAGCCUGAGAACGAAGAAAUCGUUGUUCAAACGACUGAAGAAGUUAUCGAGGAAUCAAAACACGCCAUAGUUGAAGAAGUGUCUAUCUCCACGACUCCUUCAGGCAAACAGAGAAAAAGCAGAGGAAGCAGGACUAAAGGUCUGGGAAGAUCGGGAAAGGGUCAUGUUAACUCUACUACAUCGAGUGCGUCAAACGCCUCGAACAGUGAGAGAGGGGGUGGUAUUGGAGAUACUGAACGCUCAGGUACGCGCAAAUGGGAACAAAAGCAAGUUCAAAUAAAGACUCUCGAAGGCGAAUUUGCCGUGACAAUGUGGGCGUCGGAGGAGAAAAAAGCUCAGCAAGAAGAGUUGAAUCAAGCUCCCGACUUCACCGAGUACAUGACUGGAAAAAAGAUACCUCCUGGUGGUCUUCCUGGAAUUGAUUUAAGUGAUCCGAAACAGUUAGCAGAGUUUGCGAGGAUGAGACCAAAGAAGAUGAAAGAGGAAGAAGGAGCAAGAACAAUAGCUUGUCCGCAUAAAGGUUGCACAAAGAUGUUUCGAGAUAACUCAGCCAUGCGAAAACACUUACAUACGCAUGGACCAAGAGUCCAUGUCUGCGCUGAAUGUGGCAAGGCUUUUGUGGAGAGUUCGAAACUUAAGAGACAUCAACUUGUUCAUACUGGUGAAAAACCUUUCCAGUGUACAUUUGAAGGCUGUGGUAAGAGAUUCUCGUUGGAUUUCAACCUACGUACUCAUGUUCGUAUCCACACUGGUGACAGACCGUAUGUCUGUCCUUUUGAUUCCUGUAACAAGAGGUUUGCUCAGUCAACAAAUCUCAAGUCGCAUAUCUUGACACAUGCAAAAGGAGGGAAAUAAAAUGCUAUUCUCAAGGACUCUGGCAAACUGUGUACAGAUUUUCAUGGAUGGAACCUUUUUGAGUUCACAGAGGAAUCUUGUGUCAAGGGUUCCGUGCAACUUUGAUAGAAUUUCUAGAUACAGCCAUGUACAUUUUACAGUCGUUUCUUCCAUACUUACCCCUAAAUCUAGCACAAACAUGGCUUCUAUCCAUCAAGAAGGUUUCUGCUUCUAGGGAAGUCUCCUUAGAGGUUAGCAGAUUGAUUAAAGAGGACAUUGUUGUUGUUGUGGAUUGGCUCUUGAAAGUCAAGGUUGCAUAUCAGUGUAGUAGCUUUUUACUUAGUCAUCCUAAAGUACCGUAGCAGUGUUGUAAAUCAUCUCUCACUUGCUCUUGACUCAAUGGACUUUUGUACUGAUAUGCAGCAUUUACUGUCAGUGACAUGAUGCCCUUUUUCUUUUCAACUUAAAUGUUCAGUAUAGUAUUUUAGCAUCGGCCACUGCUUCGCGAUUCUUAAUUGAUGUUUACAAAGUCAAACCAGCUUUUGUUAUAAGAAAAGUGGGAAGCAGGUAUUUUAAUCAGAGGGAAAGCCUUUUCUUUGUUUUAUUUGAGAGUUCUUCUGGAACAGAAGCCAAAAGUGUAUUAUAAAAGGUGAUUUUUAACCUUCUUGCUCUCUUACUGGCUCAUUGUGCAAGUCUAGUUCAUGAACAUUGUUAGUUGCUGUAAAAAAGUUCAACUAUUUCACUGUAAUGCCUGUACAUGUACAUCUGAUCUCAAUGUAGUAUUAAAGUGGUCAUUAAAACA